AUGUCCGCCACUAUUGACCCCGUGAAGGCGAAGCUGGAGACAACAUUCUGGGAGUUGACGAACCCCGCCAACCCAGCGAAACACAAUGAAGAAAAGGCAAUUGACGUCGUCGCUGUUCACGGACUGAACGGUCAGCCACAUGCCGCGCAUUGGGAGAAUGAAGAUGGUAGCAUGUGGCUAUGCGACCUUCUUCCGAAGGAUAUCCGACAUGUAAGAGUGUUUGGACUCGCAUACGACCCGAAAGAACUCCUCGUUGGCUCAAAUUAUGCGGCUGAUUCACUGGCGCAAUUCCUACUCGCGAGACUUUGGGUCGCUCGCGAAGAUGACCCCAAACCGCGGCCGCUCGUCUUUCUUGCGCAUGGAUUCGGAGGGUUUGUGGUAGAGAAAGCCAUCAAUUACCUCACCGAAAGCCAGACAGACCUCGCCGCGUUAACACCUUGUAUCAAGAAAGUUAUCUUUCUCAGCACACCGCAACGCGCGCCCGAUGAAAUUGAGUGGAACUCGCUGUUGGGAAAUUGCAUGGCGGACUGUAUGGACUGGCGCGCACCAUUCUUCAGCCAGCCAGUCGACGAGAUUCUGGAGUUGCUUCGAGAGAACAAGGCGUUUCUGCAAGAAGUUACGACCGAGUUCAAGAAGAAUGUCGCGCGCCUGAAGAUCAAGAUUUUCUCAUGCUACGAAGAAGUCCCAACACCUCCGCUUGAGAAAUGUUCCGUGAACGAAACGAACGCGUCCCUGGACUUGAAGCUCGAAAAGCUGCGCGCAAUGCCUGGGUGCAACCACAUCAGUAUCGCCAAGUACUCAAGAAGGGAAGAUGAGAACUAUCAAGCGAUCAUGUUGGCGAUUAAGAAGGUUCUGAGGUCAGCUUCGGCGGAGAAGCCAGCGACAAAGGUUACCAAGGGCCCCUCGCAGGUCAGUAUAUCCGUGACCAUCCAACCUCCAAUACCCCCGGGGACAAAGAAGCCAGUCAAGGGCUUCUCAGAGGUAGGCGCGAAUACGCACGUCGCUCCUGCGUUUGCUGUCAAGCCGCCAAAACUGCAGGCUCGCCGGCAGCACUCUGCCCCUGUCGUCGCUCGGGACGGGUCAGACCCUGCCCAGUCAAUACCCAAGAUGGCGCCAUCACCAGCCGAGCUACCACAGUCUGCACCGUCUGCAGGUUCACUUCCUCAACCGCCGGACCGCAACAAGUCGAUUACGCGACGACAUCCUCAAACCAGCGUUCUGGUAGGGCCGUCGGCGAGACAACUAUCCACGUCCGCGAUAUCGGGCAAGGGAAACAUUGCGAGUCAGGAGCUGCCUACGAGCUUACCUGAUCAAUCAAACCCGCAUAUGCAGGAACCAAAACGUCCGAACGAAUUGUCGGAUUCGGUACCACCGGCGAAGCGCCAGGAACUGGAUCAGGGCGGGCUAAAGGGACCUGGACACUCAAAGCAGUCGGUUGGUAUUACUCCUCAGGCACUGUCUGGUAGUCGAGAAGGCUCGACCAAGGGAAAACAUUCACAGGUUGCCGUUGCACCACCAAGCACGACACGGCAUGAGCUGGACGCAACGCUCCCGCAAAAACUUGGACCUGCCGCUGGGCCACCUCCACCAGCUCAAGGCCCGAGUCAGAAGACGACUUCGGGUGUUAUCCAAAGUAUCCCCACCCAUGACUCUACUACCACUGGUGGACCGGCUUCUAUGGGACCUGGUGUUCCUCAACAGGCGUCCACAGGGUCUCGUGAACUACCCACACAAUCGAAACCUCCCCUGGCGUCGCCACCGCAGCAGCCGCCUCUAUCAUCCCUCGCAGCAGGGGAGAAUGUACAACAACCGCAACCCCUCGGAGGCCCGCGCGUUCAGAAUACUCCGAAUCGCACAUCUAACGUAGGGCAUGGUCCUGCGCAUACUGGGCCUGCGGUUGCCAAGGCACCUCAGCAGGUGAAACCGAAGCCUGUACCGCUGACAACUAGUCCGCCACAUUCGUCGGGGACGGUCGAGAAGGGCGCUCCGUCGCACACCUCAACCAAGAUUCAUGUCGAGCAGAAGGUUACAACCGGUUCAUCUAACGUAGUCCACGGGCCAAGCACUGGCCCCGCGGUACCACACCCACCAUCGGGGACUCGCCAACCACUCUUCCAGGGAAUGCCUCCGCCACAGAACGUACACUCAGCAUUCUCCGCCCCGACAGGUCAACCCGAUAAACCACAAGUACCGCUGAAGAUGUCGAGUCCAAAUGGGCCUAUCAGUGCUCCAACUGCACCCCAUGGCACAUCUCAGGCCACACCACUGAUUACGAAGCAGGCCCAUUCAGGGGCGCGCGAGCUACCCCCACAGGCCUCUCUCCCUACCGCACAGAAGCCCCCAUUACAUUCUCCGGCAACAGCACCUCAAGCGCACGUCUCAGGAAGUUUCAACAGCUUCAUCCAAAAUAUUUCGGUUCAUGCGACAAGCCAAUCGAUUCAUACCCAGGUCGAACCCAAAACUGGCCGAGGAAGCCCAGAGCAUGGCCACCUUCCAUCUAAACCUUCGCCGAUUCCACCACAAAGGUCAUCCAUCCAUGGACCUACUCCGCCGAGCUCAGCUAAACAUGGUCCGGCUACUGGAGGAUCCCAGGGAUAUACGGCCUUUAAACCAUUUACGGAGACACAGGCAACAUCGCAUAUGCCGCCCAAGGGACCUAUACCAUUUCGCCCAGGACUUGUACAACAUUCCCAUUCUACAUCAGAUGUUCUCACGACGUCAUCUGUUAUGGCUCAAGGACAUAGCACAAGCGCCGGUGUACCCACUCAUUCAGGGCAUAGGCAUUCCAUAGCUGCGUUGCCAAGCAUUCUGUCAUCGGGACCUACUGCUAGCAAGGGAGUCCCCUCAUCUGCUUAUGCUCAGCCUCAGCGACCAUCGCCUACCCAGACGCAAAGCAAAACGCCGCCAUCGUUAUUUCCUGCAUCAUUGCGCGUCCAUGCUAAGCCAGCGCGGUUUGCUCCAAGUAUAGCAAAGUCCGUUCCCAUGCAUUCCGAUUUUGCGCAGACGAGCAGUGCACAUAUGCCGCCGGCGCAGCCGUCAAGGCCUCCUCCGGGCCCUACUGCCCCGAUGCCGCAUUCCGGAUCUGCUAAGCCACCAUCACGUCCAUCCUCGAUGUCCGGACCUCCCGGUGGGUGGUUUAGAGGCAAGCACUCGGCGCCGGCACCAAGCGGAGGACCUCUUGCACGCCCACCGAUGACCACUGCAGCGACCCAUCCGCCCUCUGGCCCUCCACAUCGUCCUAGCGGAAAUGCUCCACCGCGCCCAUUCACGCUGUCGGAUCCCCCAAGCGUACGUCCGGGUGUGCAGCCUACAGCUGCUAUAACAGGCGGCCAUCCACCGAGCCGCCCGGCAUUGUCGGGCCACUCAAGCCAACCACCAUCAGGCCCGCCAGGUCGUCCAACCGGGACUGUGCCGUAUCGCCCAUUCACCAUGUCUGGUCCUCCAGUGGCUACACCUCCCAAACCACCAGGUCUCGUAGCAGGUCUUGCACCAGGCUCGGAAGGAGCACCAGGUCCCGGCCCAUCCGCAAAACCACCAUAUCGACCAUAUUCGGUCUCCGGACCACCGAGUAAUCUUCUGCCUGGCGGAAGAGGCGGACCACCACCGCUACUCACAAGAAAACAACAGCCGCCCUCCAUAAUUUCCGGAGCUCCAUUCCCCCGCCCUCCUGCACUUAACGCAGGUCCUCCCAAAUCCGCAGUUCCGCCAAAUCGCCACUCCAUCUCCGGUCCUCCACCACACUCCCUCCCAAAGGGACUCCAGCCUGGCCCGGCGCCUUUGGCUAAACCAGGAUUCCUCCGUAGUCUCUUUGGAGCCAAUCAGCCUGGACCGCCAAAGCCACAACCGUCCAACCCGGCGCAAGGACGGCCACCACUUGGGAAGCCACCACCUCCGCGCCCUGGUCCUGGCGGGAGGCCUCCUGGUGCAAAACCACCACCCACGGGUCCUCCUGCAGGCAUGAAGCCGGGCGGCCCUCCGAAACCUCCUGGCCCGAAACCAACACUGGGAGGCGGAUAUCAGCCAUAUCGCGGUCCACAAGGCCCAUCUGGGAAGCCCCCGGGGUCACGUCCAAGUGGCGCGACACCACCACACGCCGGGCCCCCGAAACCGGGUCCUGGAGAUAAGCCCUCAGGGCAUCAUGGACCGCAUCUUGGACCCGCUCAUGGGCCCCACCAUGGGCCUCACCACGGAGGGCACCACGGUCCUCAUCACGGUUCCCACCAUGGACCGGAUCAUGGUCACGGUCCAGGCCACGGCCACGGCUGGUUCGACUGGCUUCAUGCGGGUCAGCAUCAUCCACCUGGUGCAAACGUACUUGUAGAUCCCGCGCACCAUCCUCCGGAGACGAAGCCCGAAGAGACCAAGCCCCCAGAGACACAACCUGAGGAAACGAAGCCAACAGAUACAAAGCCUGAAGGAAGUAAACCACCCGCAUCGGGAACCGAAGAGACGAAACCAACAGCAGAAACUAAGCCGGAGGAGACUAAGCCACCAGGAUCACCCAUCGCAGAGACGAAACCGGAGGAUGAAGGAACGGAGACUAGCCCUUCAGAACAAGGCAGUCAACCCACAGCCGCGGAGAGAUCACCUUCGAAUGACAACAAACCUGUCGGCCCAUCUGUACCUGGUACUGACACGUACACAGGCGUGGACCCAACGUCCAUCAAUACUAGCUCAGGCGGCCCCGGGUCUCAGUAUGUCAAUCAAGUACCGGUUUCGGUUACAGCAGGACAAGAGAGCACCGCACCAGUAGAGGGAGAUAGAAGUCUGCACACGGACUCUGCACCUCAUUUCACCUUUAUCCAGCCUCAGUCACAAUCGUUAUACAAUAUGUACGCGCCUUACCAACCGGUCUCAACAGAGCAGGCAAUGGCCACAGAGCCCGAGACAUCUCGGUCUUUGACAGAUAACACGCCGAAUCUCGGGGUUGUCCAUCCGCAGACAGUUUAUAAUGCGUAUCCAGGAUCUGGAGACACACCCCUCCCGGAAAAUGCAGGGCAAAUCCCACCUUCCGAUACCACUCCACAUUUCGAAUUUGUCCAGCCGCAGACUGUUUAUAAAGCCAAUCCAUCCACUUCUUCAGAAGCUCUAUCCCAACCGGCAUCAGGACACGGACAACAAUAUGGAUUUGUGCAACCGCAGACGGUUCAUGAUGCACCCAGCGCUCAAGAGACGCCUGGUUUCCCUAAUUCAGACAACCAACAUCUCGAAGAUCCCCACAGUGUUGUUCCUCCACCACUACGGCCAACGCAUACUGCAGUGUUCCCCGACAUCAAAGAUGCCCGUCCACUGUCUACCUCUGUGUCCGAGGGCAGCUAUCAUUUUGGCUUCACGGAAUCUCAGACGGGGACUCCUGCAGGACCAGAGCAGUCUUUCCUCGGAUCGCACCAGACAGCUGGACAAAGUACUUCGGGAUAUGAACAACCUGGGCCGCAGGGCCAGAAUACCACUCGGCCACCGCCUGUAUUGCCAAUACAUAGCGCGGUCUUCCCGGACGUCGCCACCAUUCCUCCACCGAAAAGCUCUGAGCCUAAUUCUAGUCAGGAUAGCCCUCAUCUCGUUUUCACUCAGCCGCAGACAGCUUCGCCUGACACGGCAUAUCAACAACAUGGGUCUCAGGGCGAAGAUAAUGUGCAACCGCCACCAGUACUGCCAACACACACCCCGGUCUUCCCAAACUUUGCAAGUGCGCAUCCACCGACGACGUCUGAGUCUGAUGGCAGCCCUCGCCCUGGAUUCCAACACGAGACGGUCCGAAGCGGGCAGGGGCGGCCUUAUGUAGCCUUCCAACCACCAAGUGUACAAGCAAACGCAGGUCAGACGCAUUCAGAACCUGAAAGCCAGAGCAACACGGUGGCGCCACCAGUACGACCAAUGCACACCUCGGUUUUCCCUGAUUUCAGGGAGAGCAACCCCCCUGCGAGCCCAGGCUUAGGCAGUAGCUCUCACCUCGGAUUCACUGCACCACAGAGUGGUUACGCCGCUUACUCUAGUCCCCAAGCCGAGCCUUCGGCGGCCGGCGCAUCGACCAAGCAGCAUCAGGCUCCGUAUCAACCCCAGUGUGGUGUCGCGCCUGACGAGGGCAAUAAGCACGAGCCUGGAACUCCCGGUGACAGCUCUCAGUCGCCACCGGUGCUACAAACGCACACGGCUAUCUUCACAGGCUUCCAGAAUAGGGACAUACUACAAUCUUCAGGAACCAGCCAUAGUCCUCAGCAGCAAGAUAAGAAAGAAGCUAACGCGCCAACCGGCCAGCGUACAGGCGGCGCAGGGGAUAUUGGUCAUGAUCCCAGUGAUGACCCGGCGCAGAAAGCAGAUAUAGUCGGUGACGAAGGGCCGCGCAACUUUCUAGGGAUCUAUUAUCCUGGGGAACAAGCCGCCGGGCAAUCUCUCAAGGCACAGACAGUGGACACCCAUGCUGGUCUCGGCGAUGGUCUGGGACUACAAAACAAGUCACUAGGGAUGGGUCCGUCACAGGCUGAUGCAACCCGCGGGGAUCCCGCUGCUGGACACCAGUAUACAGCCUUUUUCCAGUCCAGUCCGAGCCUUGCGUCGCACGGUAUCAACACACCUCAAUCUUCAUCAACAAUACCAUAUCAAGCUCGCGACAUUUCAUUGGGGGCUCAGACUACGUCCAGCCCUCUAAACCCGGCUGUUAGCACAACAACUUCUCCACCGGGUGAGGCAGCCACAUACUAUGACUCCUUCGAGAAGCCGAACCCAUUCCCGGCAACCAAUCCUCAACCAACUCAACCACCGUUCCAAGCUUACCAACCCUACACGUCUCAAGCCCAACCUUACCAAGCGCAGUCGCCACAGCCUGCCCCCUACACCCCGUACACACCAAACCAAGAGCAGAAGAAGAGCUCCUCCGGGACAGGGUUGAAGGUUGCCGCAGCGGUCGUGGCCGGUGCUGCCGUGGCAGGUCUUGCUACGGCUGGGAUUAUGCAUGCUUUAGAUGAUCAUGAUGACUCCAAUGCUGAUCCGACUAGUGAUCAGACCGACGCGUCUGCUAACGCUUUUCCCCGUGACCUCUCGGGUGCACCGGGGCCUCAGGUGGAGACGGCUUCAGUAUCUGACCUCGAUGAUAGCGAUGCGUACGCUAGCACAGUUGAUUCUAGUGACCUUGAAAGCAUUGAUGCGGGUUCAGAGGAUGACCGAGAGAGAUCCAUCCAUGCGGAAGCCCAGCACGUUCCCUCUCAGGGUGCAGAGCCAAGCAGUGCAGAAACACCAGGAGUUCCAUUUGUGGGGGUAACACCCGCUCCGAACCAAUUCGACGACAACGAGGACAGUGACCAUCACGACCAUUCGGAAAAUAGCGUCGCGGAUAGCAGUGACCUUGACAGCGAUGAUGGGCACUCCGACAUUCAGAGUAUUGUGAAUAUCGACCAUCAGCAAGAAAGCGCUCGCGCAUUUGACAUCGAGCACGAUAGUCAUGACCCUUUCCAGGACCCGCAGAUGGCUCCGGCAGCAGUUCAAUUCACUUAUUCCCCUCCCGACGAAGAAGAACACGAUUCUCAUCAUGACAAUUCCAGCGUUGUGGAUAGUAGCGGGCUAGAUACCGAUGACGCUCAUACAGGUGACGGCGAAAGUGAGCAUGAUGACCUGAGUCGUGACCUGACAUUUGACGCCCAGGUCCAUGACCAGUAUGCCGAUCACGACAACGCCGGCAAUCAGUACUUGGACGAGCCAUACUUUGCUCAUGCUGACGCUGAGCAUCCUGUUGAUUCCACGAAUGUAUCCGAUCCAAGCGUAUCCGAUGAACAUGAACAUGAAGAGGACCAUGACGUACCCGACUCAGACGACCAGAGCGUUUCUGAUUCCACCUACAGUGCGCACCCAGAUACCGAUUACGAGCACAGCGAACCUGGGCAGGGUAUUGAGGAACACGGCGACCAGGAUUUCGGCCAUCAGUAUGAUACAGCCGGUUUUGACGACACCCAGUAUGAUUCGGACUAUGAGCAACAUCUUCAGCGAGACAUGGAAGACAUUGACGAGCAGCAUGCGAGUGAUGACCAGCAUGAGAGCGAUGAGCACGUCGAGCAUGGGGUCGAGGAUAGUGACGCCGGAGAUGAUAGCGAUGAGCACCAUGGAGAGAUGGGAUCUCACACGGGUUACCCCUAUCAGGGUCAGGACUCGGACCAAGAGCACAAUGAUGGAGAUAGUGAGGUUGCGGGCGAUGAACCUCCGUCUCAACCGGGCUAUUGGCAUGGUGACGACGAUGAAGUCGCAUCUCCAGGCACUCAGCACCUAAGUGGACAUUGGGAAGGAGACGAUGAUGAUGACGAUGAGAACGAUACCAAUCAGCAUCCGGCUGGAUAUUGGGAGGGAGAUGAUGAUGACGAUGAGGCUGGUGAGACAAAUACCAACCAGUAUCCUCAAGGGUAUUGGCAGGGAGACGAUGGCGAGGAGAAUGAUGAUGAUGAUGACAGUAAUGAUGGCAAUGAGGACAGCGACGAUAGUGAGGAUGGCGAGGAUAACGAGGAUGAGGUCAACGCGACCCAGUAUCCACAAGGGUACUGGCAGGGAGGCGAUGAAGAUGAGGAUGGUGAGGACUAUGACAGUGAGAAUGGCGAUGAAGCUACCGACGAGGAUGAAGGCGAAGAUGAAGACGGGGUACCUCAGUCUCCUGCUGGAUACUGGCAAGGGAACGACGAGGACGAGGGGAACGAAGAUGACAGUGAUGACGAUGAGAAUGACGACGACGUGGAUGAGGAUGAGUCCCACUAUCAGAACCAGUACCAACAAGACAGCGAUGAUGAUGAGGAUGAUGAUGAUGACGACGAUGACGAUGACGACGAAGACGAGGAGCCAGCGAAUGCAUAUCAAACUCAAUACUACGAUCAGUCUCAGUACCAAGACUACGGUGGCGGCGCUGAUGAAGAUGAUGACGAGGACGAUGACGAGGAUGAGGACGAAGACCGAGGCCAGUAUCAGCAGUACCAGGCCGACUACUCCCAGGAAUAUCAGCAGGAGUAUCCCCAACAGGAAUAUAUCCAGCAAGAAUACCAACAGGAGUACUACGAGCCGGAACCCGUCUACCAAGAGCAGUACCAAGAGCCGGAGCCCGUGUACCAGCAGGACUACCAACAAGAGUACCAGGCGGAACCAGUCUAUCAGCAAGAGUACUACGAGCCGGAACCUAUCUACCAACAAGAAUACCAGCAGGAAUACCACGAGCCAGAGCCCGUGUACUAUGAGGAACAGGCCAACUAUGACUAUUCCGGCGGGUAUGAGGAGACUGAGUAUGACUACGGAGGAGGCUAUGAUGAGGGCGGGUAUGAUGCAGGCGACUAUUACGAGGAGUACUAG